GCCGCUGCUAUCCUCUUGUCAAAUUUUUUUAAAAGAAAACUUUGCAAAUGUCAAUAAGUUUUGUAUUUUGAAAACAAACAGUGGAUUUAUAUGCUUUAAAACAUGAAAGACUCUAAACAAGGUCAAACUCCUAUAGAGGACCUAGCAGAAUUACGUAGUUAUUUCGCGACACAUAAUACUUUUCGUGAAUACAUAGCGCAUAGUUCGAAAGUUCAUUCCGUUGGUUGGUCAUGCGAUGGAAGAAGACUUGCUUCAGGUUCAUUUGAUAAAAGCGUCGCUAUAUUCAAUUUGGAGAGGAAUAGACUGGUGCAAGAUUCCAUAUUCAGAGGCCACACAGGUUCGGUAGACCAACUUUGUUGGCAUGCAUCAAACCCUGAUCUUCUCAGUACUGCAAGUGGUGACAAAUCUGUUAGAAUAUGGGACACAAGAUCACACAAGUGUGCAGCAACCAUAGCUACAAAGGGGGAGAACAUCAAUGUAGCAUGGUCACCCAAUGGUAGCACUAUAGCCGUGGGCAACAAGGAAGACUUGGUAUCUUUCAUAGACACAAGGACUUACAAAGUGGUUGUGGAGGAGCAGUUUAACUUUGAAGUGAACGAGAUCUCAUGGAACAACACUUCCGAUCUGUUCUUCCUCACCAAUGGAUUGGGAUGCGUUCACAUUAUGACCUACCCGACCCUAGAGCUGCAGACGGUGCUGAAGGCGCACCCCGGGACGUGUAUAUGCAUCGAGCACGACCCCACGGGCCGGUACUUCGCCACGGGCUCCGCCGACGCGCUCGUCUCGCUCUGGGACGUCAACGAGCUAGCUUGUCUCCGAGUGUUCUCUAGGCUAGAAUGGCCGGUGCGCACGCUGUCGUUCAGUUUCGACGGUAGAUUACUAGCAUCAGCUAGCGAGGACCACAUUAUCGACAUUGGAGACACCGAGACAGGUGAAAAAGUAGCAGAGAUCCCAGUACAAGCUUCAACAUUCACAGUGGCCUGGCAUCCCUCGCGGUACCUGCUCGCAUUUGCGUGCGAGGACAAAGACCCACCAGAGAGAAAGCGCGAUGCAGGCAACCUCAAACUAUGGGGACUGCCCAAUAGUGGAUAGCAUUCAAGCUUUAGCAAAAUUCCCUAAAAAUAAUAACGUUGCGACUGUUCGAAUGUGGCUUACCAAUGCCACUGAUCGCGCCACGAGAAGAAUAAAUUACAAAAUCUGUGUUAAUAUUUGAAAACAUAAUUCAGGUUACAAGUUUGUUCAAAAAUAGAUAGUAAUGUACCAUUAAAUACAUUAAUUUGUCGAUGUGUGCUAAAUAGGAUUAAAUAGUAAGAAAAUUUGUACAAGUAUAACAUUUACAAGACUUCAACUUCAUUUGAACAUUAUUUUUGAAAUAGUAUUUAAAGAGUAAAGAGUUGCUUUACACCGCGGUUAUACUUACUAACGCCCAUCGUAAUAAAUAAGAAGUGACUGACACCUUAGAAUCAGGCAAAAUACAGUACAUGAAGGUCCAUGUUGUGUGACUGAUGAUUGUGGUUGGUUAAGAUUAACGGCUGAAACACAUGUUAGUUUUUCGACCAAUCAUGAUGAGACAAUAAGGACUGUGUCCUGGUUGGCCACAUUUUUAAGAUGGAUGACUAGGUUAUGAUACACGGUAGUGUGGUGUGAGGUUUUAGCAUUACGAGGAGAAAGUGGGUGAAAUGCCAACUGCGGGCUGUACAUGUCUGGUGGUAGGAUAUAUAUUAUAUUUGCCCGAAUAACGACCACUGUACACAUGGUGUUAAAACUCGCCGUAGUGACGUAGUUCCGGGAUCAAGUUUUGUAGGUACCGCGUCCAACAGGCCAGCCUGAUUGUGUCAGCUGCUGAGGGGUAAUCAUCUCUUGUUAUACGUCAUUCUAUUGAACCCCACUCCACUUACCAUUAGGUGCAAUGGGUCAAUUUGGCGUGCUCGGAUUAAAAAAAACAUUUAUUAUCAAAGUAUCAGCCAUGCACAGUGCAUCCUCUUCUUGGACUAUUGUGUCUAUAUGAAAAUGAUAUAGAUAAUCAUAGUUUUAACGUAUUUUUUAUGAAAUAAAAGAAUUUUUAGUGUUA